UUUACAUGUAGGUCAAUAUAUUAUUUAGGCGGAUAUGACGUAAAAUGGCGUCCAUUGUUACCAAGUUGUAAAUUAACAAAAAAUCUGGAAAAAUGAUUAUUUACGUCGAAAGCAAGGAAUUCCAUUACAAGUCGUUCAUCACUGUGGUGAAGCCAGAUGACAAGGUUGCCAGGGUGCGAGCUCAAAUGCUCCACAUACUGUAUGAGAUUGGCAGAGAAGAUUUUCAGUUUAGACUGAGGUAUAAUGGCCAAUAUCUCAGGGAUGUGUUCAGUCUUACAGAUUACAAGCUGGUACCCAACUCAGUGGUGCAAAUGGUUCCUCUUUCAGAAAGCAGAGACGACAUGUCAGAUUUGAGGUCAAUGUCCAGCAGUUUGACCAUGAACUUUGACCCUGAGAAAGAAAAGAUACCAUCUGUGAAAUCUGCCCUCUACUAUGAAAUAAAGCACCUGAACUGGAGGGAACGUCUUGUGAGGGAUAUGCAUACUUUACUGUACAUGCACUCACUGGCACUGUUCCUGUAUCUUUUGACAUCACACUGGUACUCGAUUUUCUGGUUAUUGGCUUACCUGUUACCAUAUUGGUACCUUGUACCCGGCUUUACUCGUAUUGGUGGCUAUAUUGGAAAUACUUUUCACAGGCGUUUCUGGUUUUGUGGAAUUGUGGGAAUCAUAGGAUUGGCAAUAAUGAGUGUGGCAAUAUUUCUUACUGUUGACAUCAUCACGGACAUUGCGAGUGAUGGUUGUACAAAUGGAGAGUUUACAAACGGAUGUUCCAGACAAAAUAUCUACUCAACAUUUAUUUUUGGAAUACAUGCUCUCAUCCUACUGGCUUCUAACAUUACAUGUGGGCUUGUAUUGUACAGCUUCAGAAUAGAGGUUGGAGAUGUUAUAGAGCGUUAUCUAGUACAAGAACGUGAUAUUGAGGAUGUGAUGAAACUUGCUCGCAGUUCUAAACUGAAGGACAAGCGGACUGCAGCAUAUGAGAUGGCCACAAUGGCCGCAUCAGGUGAUGACAACAAGUUCAGAAUUGUUGCAGAAGGAGGGUUAGAUGUAUUAAUAGCCAUGAUCAUCUCCAAUGAUGAACCUACUCAGGAGUAUGCUGUGGAAGCCUUGUCUGAACUUAUCACCAUACAAUCCAUUCAGGACAACUUUGUUGAAGUAGGUGGGGUACGUAAUUUGACAUCACUUCUUCACUCUAACAGUGCACGAGUUAUUCAAGAAUCAGCACGAGCAUUAUACACCAUAUGUCAGAGUGAUGAAAACAGACAUGCUGUGGCAGAGGAUCAUGGGUAAUAUUUAGUUUAACUA